AUGAAAUCCUCUGGAACAACAACUAUCAGCACAAACCACUCCCAACUUCCUGAGGUCAAGCAACUCCACCUCCCGACCUUUGAAGUUCCCUCGUUGCUCCCAGAUAACCUCCAGUGUCCGGCCCUCGAAGAGGCGACUUUCUUUUAUGAAAACGAGGAGGAAGAAGGCGCCCGUCGUUUCCUGUUUUCUUUCCUUGAAAGCUGUGGCCAAACGCUGCUGAAGCUGGGGCUUCCUGGAAAGGCAAUCGACAGUGACUACCGUUUCCAGCGAGUGCUAGUCCACUUGAGGGUUCUGGAGGAGCUUACCGUUACUGGUCCGCUGGGCUGGCCAGACAACCUCGAGCGUGACGGAAGUCCAGACUCGCAGGUUUACGACGUGGGCACAUAUUCGUUCUUCAAUGGUCUCAAGAAGCAGCCGUGA